GAGAGAGAGGGGGGAGGGAUGAAGCUCUCUGUAUGGCUGUGAUAGUCUCUCAUCCUGGAUACUGCCUUUCCUCUCUGGUUUUGUCUCUUUCACUGGCCACUCUGUGUCCCCAGGAGCAGGCAGCGGUGUAGCGGCACACGGACAAGUUGUUAACCACGGAGGAAGCUGGGGAUGAAUCAUCCCCCAAAAAGAGCCAUUGAGAUGGCAGUGUGUGCGUCUGCCUGGAGGGAGGAACGCAUCAUGCUUUCUCAAGCAAGCAGCAGCCUGCAGUGUGUGCCUGCUUGAGAGCCAGCCCUCCGCGGCUGUGUGUGUGUGUGUGUAUGCAUGUGUGUGUAUUCGUGUGUGUAUGUGGGAGGGUUUGUGUGACGGAGUGUGUAUAACAAGUGCUUGUGUACAGUGUAUGUGUGUGUGCGCACUUUUGCUCGCAAGCCUCUUCCCUUCCUGGAGGAGAGGCUCUCCUUUUCAGCGAACCGCAAGGGCCGUCUUGAGUUUGGCAAGCUGUCAGUCUUCUGGACCUGACGAUGUUUCGUAAGAAGAAAAAGAAGAGGCCAGAGAUCUCAACACCAAAGAACUUUGAGCACCGGGUGCACACCUCGUUUGACGCCAAGCGGUGCUGCUUUGUGGGCCUGCCAACCCAAUGGCACAGUCUGAUAGAGAACCUCCGUAGGCCCAAGCCUAUGGUGGACCCCUCCCGGAUCACCUCCGUGGAGCUCAAGCCAAAGAAGACCAUCGUGCGUGGGAGUAUGAUCGGUCAUGGAGACUACAUCUCAACCAUGAUCUCCGACAUGAGCAGGUUGUCCGUGACCAGCUCCAACUCCCUGAGUAAGAGCAGCCCUUCAGCUAGGAAAAGGGCCCAGUCCCUGGGCAGGCUGGGGGAGGUGAAGGAGGGGGACACCUACCAGUACGAAAACCUGGGAGAAGAUGAGCUGGAGCAGCAUCAGUGGAGAGACAGGGCUCAUAACAUCCACAGUGAGAGUGGGACGAGUAUCACCCUACAGCCGAACGGAGUUCUCCCCAGGGCCAAGUCCACCUAUGAAGUGAGCAUCAGCUCUCUGGAGGGACCCCUGGCUCCAUCCCAGCCAAUGCAGGUGCCUAUUAAGGGGGCUUAUAUCAGCUGUAAGGUGGGUAGCCCCACAGAGACACUGAUGGUUAAGAGAGACUUCCAGGUGCCCAGGGUUAUGCCACAAAAACAGAGGCCCAUCUCGUUCUUCUACAGCCCAGCCAUGGCUGUCCAGCAUACCGACCAUGGGGAUCACCCCCCUCCGGAGUACAGCACCAACCUCUACAUCCACUCCCACAACAGCCCUGGCUCCUACGACCUGAAGGCAGAGUCGGCUCUCAGGCACCACCAGUCAGGCUUCCUACCCAGCACCACCAGUAGUCCCUUCAUGAGUGGCAUCAGACCCCACAGGACGGUACGCUCCUCAGCCAGCUACACCCUGGGACUGUCUCCCAACAUGGGCCUGAGACCCAACGGCCCUGACCCCUUUCUGAGACACUCAGGCUGCCCUAAUGCUCCCUUCCCCGGGCAGGACAGCCCUUCCCAGCCCCGGCCUUCCCCCACCGGCUCCCUGGCCACCAGCCCCCCGGGCACAUGUUCCCCUGCCUUCAGACCCCCUCAGCACCCACAGAGGCCACCACCAGACCCCCCCAAGGUGACCCAUAAACAGUUUAAGGCUGCCCUGAACAUGGUGGUGGACAAGGGAGACCCUCGGUCGUACCUGGAGAACUUUGUGAAGAUUGGAGAAGGGUCCACAGGGGUGGUGUGUAUCGCUCGGGAGAAACACAGCGGCAGGCAGGUGGCCGUGAAGAUGAUGGACCUGCGGAGACAACAACGUAGGGAGCUGCUUUUCAACGAGGUGGUGAUCAUGAGGGACUACCAGCACAGGAACGUGGUGGAGAUGUUUAAGAGUGCCCUGGUGGAGGAGGAGCUCUGGGUCAUUAUGGAGUACCUACAGGGUGGAGCACUAACCAACAUCGUGUCUGAAACCAGGCUGAGUGAGGAGCAGAUAGCCACAGUCUGUGAGGCUGUGCUGCAAGCCCUGGCCUACCUUCACUCCCAGGGGGUUAUCCACAGGGACAUCAAGAGUGACUCCAUACUGCUAACACUGGAUGGGAGGAUCAAGCUGUCCGACUUUGGGUUCUGUGCUCAGAUCAGUAAAGACAUCCCCAAAAGGAAGUCUUUAGUGGGAACACCCUACUGGAUGGCUCCGGAGGUCAUCUCUAAAUCACCAUACAGCACUGAGGUAGAUGUGUGGUCUCUGGGUAUCAUGGUAGUUGAGAUGGUGGAUGGAGAGCCCCCCUACUUCAGUGAGACCCCUGUUGCAGCCAUGAGAAGACUGAGGGAUGAGCCAGCUCCCACUGUACGGAACGCAACAGAGGUCUCCCCGGUGUUGAAGGACUUCCUGGACCGUAUGUUGAUCCGAGACCCAGUGGAGCGGGCCAGCGCCACAGACCUGCUAGAACACCCCUUCCUCCUACAGAGCGGCUCCUCGCAGUGCCUGGUGCCCCUGGUGGAACAGUACCGCAAGCGCAUGUCCCGCUGCUGAUUCUCCCCCCCUUGAUGGACUCUGAUCUCUGAUUACUACUGUACCCUGAGUGUGACCUGCACAGGCCCAACCCGGCCAGCACCCAUCCCAGUGAGGGAGCAGCACCAGAGAGCAGACCCAGAGAGCCUGGUGCUGCUACAGAGCUCAUGCAAGCAGGCCGGUAGGCGUGGUAGACAGUGACACAGCCUGGGCCUGCAAAUCUAAGAAGCACUUUAGCAGUGAGUUGGCGUAGUGUUACGGCAGCAUGCAAACAAACAGUAAUCCUCACUCAUCUCAACAACGUCUGGUCCUACCUGUGAUAGACGACAUCCAAUGGAAUUCCUCUCGACAUAACACCAAUCUAGCAUUGGUGCAUUAUAUCAAACUUGAAAUCCAAGGGAACUGUAAACUGUAGCCUUAUUGUGAACCUUUACCGUAAUUGAGCAGUUUCCCAUCGUAGUGUUUGGAUAUUAGUUGUGUAUUUUCAGCUUGUGCUAUUGUGCUAUAGGUAGCUCAUGACUUGGAGAGAAGCGUGAUGUUACAUACCUCUACAACCGUAUGGGACUCUGACUGAAGUUCAGUGAAACCUUGCACCUUGUCAGUGAACAAUUUGCAUGGCCAAAUGAAGGCACACCUGGCCUGAUCAGAAUGUUUAAAAUGUGCUGCUGAGAGAAGACAUGAGAGACAUUCCUCCAACAUCACCAUGACAAAUGUGUAGAUGAAGGGUUGGCUGUUUGUUUUUAUUGGGCUCAAUGAAUCAUAUUCCUUUUAAUAUUUAUUUUGUUUUGCUUUUCCGAAAAGGGUUGUGAACUGUUUGUAGCCUAAGAUGUGAAAUUGCAAAUAAGUUUAAAUUUUAGAUUAUCAACUUGAAACGUAGCAGUUGAACAAAUAAUGUAAAUACAGAUACUGUAUAUUAGGACUUACUACUUGCAGAGCCAUUGUAUAGUUAGUUAUAUGGGAUGAAUUUUACUUAAUUUUGAAAGUGUGUGUGUGUUUACGCUUGGAUGCUGUGUUAGUGUUGCCUCAAACAUCCCUUCCACUGUGUUGUGACUGACUUUUGAAACUACAGGAUGUGUGUGUUGCUACUGAACGUGUGUGUGUGUGUGUGUGUGUGUGUGUGUGU